AUGUCUUCGGCGACCGAAGAAGAGGCUGAACUGCGGCGGAGAAAGAUUGAAGAAGCCCUCGAAGCCAAAUCCCUAAGGCGUAUCAUCAGCGCCUACCUCAACUAUCUGGAGGCUGCCGAGGAGGAUGUAAAAAGAUUUGAAAGAUCUUUUAGAAGAAUUCCAGUGGCCCACAAGUUAAUUAAGCUUCUUAAGAUACCUCCAAACAAAUUAGUGCUGGCAUUAUACUGA